UGGGAUUGGUUUCAAGUGACGCCAUCUCUUUAUUUUUAAACCAAUGACCUCAUCCGCGCUUGAAGUUUCCUGACCAGCGACUCUUUCUCUCUCCCCAACCCCCACCCUGCCCCCCCGGUCCCCUCCUGCGGGUGUCACCGGUUUUUUUUUUUUGGGGGGGGGCUUUCAUGCCAUUUUCAACCAUUUACUCUCCCCCUCUCCACUUUUCCCGCGCGGACCCCCGACUUUACCUCCUCCACUUCUUCAUCCCUGUCGACAUUUUUUUUUUCUUUUAAAAUUUUUCCCCCCUCUUUCCUUGCCUUGCCUUCUCGGGGGGCGGUGGAAGAGAAAGUGAAGAAAAGUUGCAAACGCCCGGGCGCUCGCUGAAGCUCCCCGCCCACCCCUCCGAGGAGAAGCCGCGGCGGCGGCGGCCAGGAGGACGCGCGAGCGGCGACGGCCCGGCGACGCCGUGACAACGCUCGCGCCCCUCCGAGCGAGCCUGGAGCCCGGCGGCCCCUCAAGUUGUCAGUCCAGUGCAAAGCUGUUGGAGUGAGGGAGCAAAGGUAAAGGAUGAUGUAAUGCCCUGGCUGCCCCAAAGCAUCUUUUGUUGUGGAUGGUUAUUCCCGUCCUCUCUUUAUGAAUCAAAUGUGAGGGGCUGCUUUGUGGAAGGAGUCCUUUGCAAGAGCACGUCAACAGGAAAGAGAGAGACAUUCAGCUGGAGGGCCCUUGCUGAAAUGGGUUUAACUCCCCUUUUGCCAGUCACCACUAGCCUGACCUCAUACGUUUUUAGUACAAUGGAGUGGCUGAGCCUUUGAGCACACCACCAUUACAUCAUCGGGCAAAUUAAAGAACGAGGUGGGAAAAGAGGACUUAUUGUUGUCAUGGCCCAUGAGAUGAUUGGAACUCAAAUCGUUACUGAGAGGUUGGUGGCUCUGCUGGAAAGUGGAACGGAAAAAGUGCUGCUAAUUGAUAGCCGGCCAUUUGUGGAAUACAAUACAUCCCACAUUUUGGAAGCCAUUAAUAUCAACUGCUCCAAGCUGAUGAAGCGAAGGUUGCAACAGGACAAAGUAUUAAUUACAGAACUUAUCCAGCAUUCUGCAAAACAUAAGGUUGACAUUGACUGCAACCAGAAGGUGGUAGUUUAUGAUCAGAGUUCCCAAGAUGUUGCUUCUCUAUCGUCAGACUGCUUUCUCACUGUACUUCUGGGUAAACUGGAGAAGAGCUUCAACUCUGUUCACCUGCUUGCAGGUGGGUUUGCUGAGUUCUCUCGUUGUUUCCCUGGCCUCUGUGAAGGAAAAUCCACUCUAGUCCCUACCUGCAUAUCUCAGCCUUGCUUACCUGUUGCCAACAUUGGGCCAACUCGAAUUCUUCCCAAUCUCUAUCUUGGCUGCCAGCGAGAUGUCCUCAACAAGGAGCUGAUGCAACAGAAUGGGAUUGGCUAUGUGUUAAAUGCCAGCAAUACUUGUCCAAAGCCUGACUUCAUACCCGAAUCUCACUUCCUGCGAGUGCCUGUGAAUGACAGCUUUUGUGAAAAAAUUCUGCCCUGGUUGGACAAGUCUGUGGAUUUCAUUGAGAAAGCGAAAGCUUCCAAUGGCUGUGUGCUGGUUCAUUGCUUAGCUGGGAUCUCUCGCUCCGCCACCAUUGCUAUCGCCUACAUCAUGAAGAGGAUGGACAUGUCUCUAGAUGAGGCUUACAGAUUUGUGAAAGAAAAAAGACCUACCAUAUCUCCGAACUUUAAUUUUCUGGGCCAACUCAUGGACUUUGAGAAGACGAUUAAGAAGCAGACUGGAGCGUCAGGGCCAAAGAGCAAACUCAAGCUGCUGCACCUGGACAAACCCAGUGAGCCUGCGGCCUCGGAGGGCGGAUGGAAGAGUGCACUGGCUCUCAGUCCACCCUGUGCCAGCUCUACCUCAGAGGCCGCAGGGCAAAGGCUUGGGCAUCCUGCCAGUGUGCCCAGCUUACAGCCUUCCCUCUUAGAGGACAGUCCACUGGUACAGGCGUUCGGCGGGCUCCAGCUGUCCUCAGAGAAGCUGGAAGACAGCAAUAAGCUCAAGCGUUCCUUCUCUCUCGAUAUCAAAUCCGUUUCGUAUUCAGCCAGUGUGGCAGCGUCUUUACAUGGCUUCUCAUCAGAGGAUGCUUUGGAAUAUUACAAACCAUCUGCCACACUGGAUGGGACCAACAAGCUCUGCCAGUUCUCCCCUGUUCAGGAGGUAUCAGAGCAGACUCCAGAGACCAGCCCAGAUAAGGAGGAGGCCCACGUCCCCAAGCAGCCCCAACACAGCAGGCCUUCAGAGAGCCAGAGCAAGAGGUUGCACUCGGUGCGAGCCAGCAGUGGUGGGGCCACCCAGAGGUCCUUCUUCUCCCCGCUGCAUCGGAGUGGGAGUGUGGAGGACAAUUACCACACCAACUUCCUCUUCGGCCUUUCCACCAGCCAGCAGCACCUCACCAAGUCCACCGCAGGCCACGGGCUCAAGGGCUGGCAUUCGGAUAUUCUGGCUCCCCAGUCCUCUGCCCCCUCCCUGACCAAUAGUUGGUAUUUUGCCACAGAGCCUUCACACUUCUACUCUGCUUCAGCCAUCUAUGGAGGCAACACCAGUUACUCUGCCUACAGCUGUAGCCAGCUGCCCACUUGCAGCGACCAAGUCUAUUCUGUUCGUAGGCGGCAGAAGCCCAGUGACAGAGCUGACUCGAGGCGGAGCUGGCAUGAAGAGAGCCCCUUUGAAAAGCAGUUUAAGCGCAGAAGCUGCCAAAUGGAAUUUGGAGAGAGCCUCAUGUCAGAGAACAGGUCAAGGGAAGAGCUGGGGAAAGUGGGCAGUCAGUCUAGCUUUUCAGGCAGCAUGGAAAUCAUUGAGGUCUCCUGAGAAGAAAGACCCAUGCAACCUCUGUUGAUGUUUUGUUUUGUUUUGUUUUGUUUCUUGUUCACAAAAAUAUUCCCUGUAAAUCUGAAAUAUAUAUAUGUAUGUACAUAUAUAUUUUUGGAAUAUAGAGCUAUGGUGUAAAAGCAAAAGACGGAUCAACACAGUUGUUCUCUCAACACCUGCACUGAGAACAGCUAAUUCUCUCAGAAGAGUGGAAGGGUAGAUGUUAGAACUCCCCCAGCCAGGAGAAGAGAUUUUGUUCAAUGAAUUGCACAUCUUGUUCCCACAAAAGCAAGGGUUUUGUUUUUGAUGGUAGAGGGCAGAAUCCCUCCCAUUUUCGUGUGCAGCAGAGAUCUCCAGAACUCAUCUCUGUCCAGGCCCUUCCCUACUGCACCUUAGCGCUGAGACUGAGCCAGCUGUGGGUCAGGUGGAAAGACCCUCUUAGGGAGGGACAGACCCUAGUGGGAAGUCCAAGAGAAAUGAUCCUGUCUAAAGCUGAGUCAUAAAUCCAAGCUUGAUUGAUAGCUGAAGGACAUGGACAUCAUUCUGCUGGAUGAACUAUUAGGAGCCUUGCCUAGAUCUACUUAUAACCAAUCCAGUACCUCAGACAAGACAUUGGGGCCAUCACCACUACCAUGACUAGGAGCCCAUUUUCUAGGCAUUGUGAAUAAGUAAGGAACUUGUCACUUUCCAGACAAAUUCAUACUGUCUAUGCACAAAAUCCCAGUAGGCCUGGACGAGCAAUUGCCAUGUACCCCCCUUCUCAGCGUUAACGAAGAGGGGGCCAACCAGAGUUCAGCACAGCUAGAGACUGGGCAGUCAGGCAGCUUAGAGACGUAAGCCAGGGAUGGGACACUAAACAGUCUCCCUCCCUCUUUAUCAUAAUCAAAGAAUUCUCUAAAGUGGGAUUCUUAACCCAUAAAUUGAGCACAGACUUGGUUUAGAGGUUAAUGUGAAUCAUUGGGCUUGGUAGCUGGAGUGACAGCCCAUUCAGAUUCUCAGCCCAAACAUGCUUUUUAGUUCUGUUUCAUGACAUGGAAUAAAACUAUAGGGAGAUUCGGGAAGGUAAAACUUGAAGCAGGAAACCGAUUUCUUAGGUGGCCUUUUUUUCCUGUGGUAUGCAACAAGGGUACUACUUCUAGAAUCUUCUUAGACUUCCAAAUCUACCAUGGGCUUUGGUAAAGCAAGAACUAUUCUGAGUAAAACACACUAGAAAUGUUACAAAGGAGUUGAUGAAUUUUGUUUAGUUGUGAAUACAGGAAAGCUCUUUUCAAAAGCUGUCCCAGCCUGCUCUCCAAGGAAGGGACACGUCAGAGGGGAGGACCACAGUGGUUUCUCAGUCCCUGGCAUACAAUCACUGUGUGGACACAAUCCUGGCAGCUGAGAAAAGAAGGUAGUAAGAACAAGUGUGUUCAUGACAGUCUGACACAUCUGCCUUUCAACUUCCUGGCUUGAGUUUUCUCCUCUCGAGUACAGCCUUAAUUCACGUCAGCAGGGUGUGGGUGUGGGCAGGUAUGGUCAUGGUUCUUUACUGGAAGUGUAGCAAGGGGCUGACUCAUAUCUCAGGUUUUUCUGUGUUUGUGAAGUGGACGGUCCUUUGACUAGGAUGUGACUUAAUGUUUCCUAUAGUGAUUGCUAAAACCAGCAGAGAGUGACAUGGUUUAAAGCCGAAGGGCUUGAUCUUGGGUUUAUGAGCCUCAUGGACAUACUGGUUCUGUACAGAUAAGCUGUGUCUGGGCCUAAGAUGAUGGCAGAGCAGACGCUGCCCAGGGAGCAGAUUGCCACUCUGUGGAGGUUCUGUUCGGCAAGCUGUGUUUUUGAUGUACAUCAAAAUCUCUUAUGUAACCAGAAGCUCCCAAAGCUUCACAGUGAAUUUUGGUACACACACUAAAUGUGUGAGAAUCCACCCUCUUAAAAUCUGGUCACACUGGCAAGACAUAACUGAAAAGUGAAAGCCACAGCUCCGUCGUUAAGGAUGUUCCCGGAGGACCAAGGGGUUUGGCAUCAGUGUCUUCGGGCGUGCGCUGCCUGUGCCACACGUCAGGUAGGGCCUCUGGCCAUGGUCCCUUCUGUGUAGCGGAUAGUCACACUCUCAGCUGUCAGUCUUCAUCGCUAAUGUCACAUUAUCAGUUCUGGGAAUCACAGCUACCACGCGGAAAGGGCUGCCUCUGGGGCACGCUGUGGGAGGCGUGGUGGUUGGCUCUCCUCAUGUGAGCACAGGGAAGCCUGGAGUCUUCUGCAGUGAUGCAGAGCAGUGAUUUGAAUGAGCAAAACUAGACUCUGAGAAAUGCUGGGAACCGUUGAGACCGUGUGUAAAGUCAGAGUGGGAAGACUAUAAAUGUUUAAUAUGAAUAUAGUGUUCUUUGGAGUAAAGCAAGCUGUUGAAUGGUUCAGUUGUGCAUUUCUCAUUUUGAUGUGUCAUGUAUGUUAAUAUGAUGAAAUAAAAUCAAAACUGGUACCUGUUUAUACAUAAGUGU